AUGAGCUCAAAGACGCGUACCUUCAAGUGCGACACCUGCGGGAAGGUCUUCGGGCAAAUGGGCAACCUCAUGACGCACAGGAACAUCCACGCGGAGGUGAAGCCCUUCGGAUGCGACACCUGCGGCAAGCGCUUCAGCCAGAAGGCGAACCUCCGCCGCCAUGCCAUCCUGCACACCAACGAGAAGCCCUUCGGAUGCGGCAUCUGCAAGAAGUUCUUCGUGCAGAAGGCUCAUCUGGUGAAACACGUGGUGGUGCACAGGCAUCGGCUGGCUGCCCUGAAGAGGUCGCGGCGGAGGGAGGCGCUCCGGGUCGCGUCUUCCCUUCAGGAUAAUUCGCUCAAGUGUAAGGUGUGUGGAGAGCAGUUCACGCGCAUCGCCAAGCUAGUGGAACACCUGAAGGUUCAGCAUAUAAAAAAUGCGCCGAAAUGA